UUUUAAGCUAAAUAACAAAAUUGCAAUUGUUCAUUCUCUCACCCUUAGAUUGAGUUGAAGGCAGUGCUAGGUUCUGGUGGAGAGCGAGUGAAUCGGAAAUUUGGAUGCAAGAAUGACGGGCAGCCAAGAAAUCUCAAUGUCAACACCCGCUUCUUCCAAGAGAUCAGUGUUAAGUCAGGGUUCCGUUGAUAUAUAUGCUACGCAGUGCAUUAAGUGCUUGAAGUGGAGGGUGGUUGAUACGCAGGAGGAGUUUGAAGAGUUUAGACAAAAAGCCAAUGAGGAACCUUUUGAUUGUAGCAGAAAGGCUAAUUGUUCCUGUGAUGAUCCUGCUGACAUUGAAUAUGACUCCUCUCGGACAUGGGUUAUUGACAAACCUAAUGUUCCAAAGACGCCACAAGGUUUUAGGAGAAGCUUGGUGCUUAGAAAAGAUUACUCUAAGUUGGACGCUUACUACAUCACACCUACCGGCAAAAAACUCAGAACCCGCAAUGAGAUUGCAGCAUUUCUAAAAGAACAUCCAGAAUUCGAAGGUAUAUCUGCUCAGGAUUUUGAUUUUUCAUCCCCAAAGGUAAUGCAUGAGACCAUCCCGGAGGGUCUUGAGCAGAAGGCAUCUGCUAGCAAAAUUGCAAAAAAAGUUAAGAUAGCUAAAGAUGAAAACUGACAAAUAUCAUCACAAGUUUGCAUGCUGGUGUAGGUGCUCAAUGCAGUGACAGAGAAACAAAGUUUGUUCAUGUCUUUCUAAACAGACAUUCACUGAGUCUUGUGUAAUUCAAACAGAACACCCGAAAAAUAUUUGAUUAUGUCAUUCUGCACUGAUAAAAUACAAGGUUUCAUUGAA